AUGGCUCAACGAUUGAGAAUCGCUACAUCGAACGUGAAAUCAUGGAAUAAGAAGGACCAAGAAAUCGUCUCGGAAAUAGAAGAAAGAAAAAUCGAUGUCUGUGCUCUGAGCGAAACAAAAAGAAAAGGCGCUGGCACUGUGAUGCGCGGAAAUUACCUGCUUCUGUAUAAAGGCGCAAAGAAGAACGAAAGAGCAUAUGCCGGUGUUGGAAUAUUAAUUCAUAAAAAUCUCGUUGACAACAUCACUGAUAUCAAAUACAUAAGCGAAAGGAUGCUCCUUGUAGAGCUUAAUCUAGGCUGUGAGAAGCUGAACUUGAUAUCUGUUUAUGCACCGGACACAGGAAGAGCGAAGCAGGAACGAGACGACUUCUACCGCGAUUUACAAAAAGUCAUAGAUACUAUACCGGUGCGCGAGAAAUUAAUCAUGUUAGGUGACUGGAAUGCUCGGGUUGGAGACAACGUGGUGCCUGGAGUGAAGAACAGAUUUAACGAGCCUACUCUGAAUGACAGCGGUAGAGAAUUAGUAGAAUUUUGCUCCGUUAACGAAUUAAGAAUAAACAAUACGUUCUUUGAUCAUCCUAGACAACAUAAGAUCACCUACACCAAUAGUAGAGGUCAGACGUCCAUGAUUGACUAUGUUAUCAGCAAUCGGCAGCUGCAUCCUUAG